GCAGCAUACCAGAGUAUAACCAUAAAUGUCAGUAUUAUUUUCGUCAUUGCAUAGAUAAGUGUGCCAUUUUAAUGUAGGUCAUCUUUAUAAAGACAGGACGUGAGUGAUACAGAUAUCACUAACCUCAGAGACAAAUCAUAUCAAUUUAAAUGUGAAUAUCAAGUAUUUCAGAAUUGAGUUACUAUAUUUACUGUUUCUUGUGAUGUGAAGAAAAUACCAGACAAGAAGAAUCAUCAAUCUUUCUAAUGUUAAGAUCAACAAAUUUUCCUUGUGUUUAUGUGCAUGUGUGUGCAUAACAUGCGACACACAAUUCUGCAGGGUGUAUUACUCAGUGGACUGCGCGGUGAGACCAGUCUGACAUGUAUGUCUUCUACUCCACAUCCUGGCACUGAUGCAAGCAUGUCCUCGGGACAGCGAAUGAGAUAAAGGCACGCCUCCCUUCAUACCUCCAGCUCUCAGACGGAGGAACAACCGAAAAGGUUAUCAAAAUGCCAGCCAGCCUCUGUGGAACAUGGGACAUGAUCAGCAGUGUCAACUUAGAGGGCUACAUGAUUGCACUGGGUAUAAGCCGAAUGGUGCGAAAGAUUGCUGUGAAGCUGAGGAUGAGGAAGGUGAUUGAGCAGCAGGGGGACCAGUUCAUUAUCAAAACUAUCAGCACCUUCCGAAACUACACCAUCGCCUUCAGAGUGGGUGAGGAGUUUGAGGAGUUCACCCAGGGACUUGACAGCAGACAUGUCAAGUCACUGGUGAUAUGGGAGGGGAAUAAACUGGUAUGUGAGCAGACUGGGGAGAAGAAGAAUCGGGGCUGGGCUCACUGGAUUGAAGACGACAAGCUGCAUCUGGAGCUGUACUGUGAAGGGGAAGUCUGCAAGCAGGUUUUUAAGAAAAAUGUGAGCGAGUGAAGAGGAAAUAAGGUUGUAUUUCUGGAGAAGUUACUCUGUGAUGAGAGGCAUCAUGUGCUGGAUCCAUUACUGUAAAACUGUGAAUAACAAAACCAUGCUUAAAGUUAAGUUUGUGGUAUACUCUCUGUAAUGGGACAUCAACACUCAGUCUAAGCUUUCCUGUCAGGGUAUGGAUUUAUACCACUAGAUGGCAUCAUUGCAUUAUAUUUGUCAGAUACUUACUGGUCUGACUGUUGUUUUUACAGUCUAUGGUCUGUAGCUGAGUGGUGCUGGGCCUCAGAAGUCUGUUUUUGGCUCUUUUAAACUGGCUUGAGACUCAGUGCGGGCUCUGUUUGGUGUAAACUUUUUGUAUCCUUUACAUCUAUUACCUGAUGGGACAAAUUUUUAAUACCACAUUUUCUUUGCACUGGCUUGUGCUGUCCA